AUGCGUGUGUUUGAGAGGAUCCCAGACGCCAUCCCACGGAUCUUCAAUCAGGCACAGCAGUCUCUGGCGAAUCAUCACAAGAACUGUGCAGCGCUCUAUAAACUGCACAAUCAAGUGAUUAGUAUUUAUGGAUCACCAAAAAAUACCUCCGUCUGUGAUGCAAGAGAACUAAUAUUUGAAGAGACCUUCCUCACUAUGAUUGGUCGCGUUCUGGUCAUAAAGAAGGGGCCUGCCUCUGCCGAUCAAGUAGUCAGGUUCAUAGGCGCAUAUGCGGAGUACAUCAUCAAUAAAGGUAAGUCCGGAAUUUGUAACAUAUCUUCAACUGCUCCUUCGCAUGAAACAUAUCGACCAUCACGCACGACUACCAUUGUGAUCUGUAUACACGCGAAUGAGGGCGAUUCCAGUUGCAUGCGAUUCAUCGCGAGAGUGCUGCAAUGGCUACUCGGCGGAUUCACUGCGAAGGACAAGACGGUACGGUACCGCUGUAUCAGCAUCGUGGCAGAGCUAGCGGCGCGCCUCAAUACAUUCGACGAAGAGACAUACGGGAAGCUGCGCGACCAUCUCAUUGAUCGCACCUGCGACAGGGAAUCCGUCAUACGCUGUUGUGCUGUAGUAGCGUUGUCUAGACUCGUGGACAGCGAAGAUCCUAGCGAUUUAUCCAAUGACCGGUCAAGUAUCAUCAACGUUUUGCUAGAUAGUUUAUGUUCUGACCCCUCAGCCGAGGUGCGCCGUACAGCACUCCUGUGUACCCCAUUGACGCCCCGCACACUCCCUGUCCUCCUGACCAGGAGUCAGGAUGUCGACCCCUCCGUGCGCAAGGCUUUGAUCUCUCAAGUCCUGUCGACGAUGGCCAGAGAUGCCAUUCAUCCACGACAGCUUACUUUGACUCAGCGUGAACGAAUGGUGCAUGACGGACUGGGUGACAGGGAAGACGCGGUCAGGACGGCUGCACGCCGUAUGGUCGUCGGAUGGUUCGAUGCAGUCGUUGAAAACAUUGACAAGCAAGAUGCAGUGGAGAUGCUCGUUCAAUUUCUCAAACUGUUUGACCUGGCCAGUCCAGAAGGAAACUCUAUUGCCACUGACGCCAUGAAGGCGCUGAUGUCAAUGCGGGUGGACAUAACACGCAAGAUUGCUUUCCCUGAUGCAUUCUGGACGAGAUUGUCCUCCGAAGCCUGUUUCGCGGCAAGAGUGUACGUUGAAUACUGUCGGGAGCGUGAAGAUGAGGCUAGCAUCGACGCCUCUAGAUUGCCUGUAGUGACCACACUGGCAUACUUCCUUCAAGAAGAGUGCAACUCACUCCUGGAUGCAAUCGAAGAUCUCGAAGAGGCUCAACUGCUUGCAGAAUCUCAUACGCACGCUAUCGAAGAGAAGGAAGACGAUCUGGACAGUAAAGAAGACGCUGUUGCCGAGCACACUCUCGUCGUAAACGAAAUGCUGCGCCUCGUGUCGUUGUGCGACUAUUCGGACGAGAUUGGGAGAAAGAAGCUCUUCGCUGUCGCACGUGAGAUGCUCGCUCACGAGCUCAUGCCCGAGGACCUACUGGAGCCAUGUAUGGAGGUCCUCGCCUUAACCGGCGCUGGUGAACGAGAACGCAUCCGUAUUGUUGUGGAGAUCGUAGCUGACCUACGGGAUGGUGACGAUGAAUGCCCGGAUCAACUUGUACGAUUCCAUUUUGGCUCUAUCGAUACAACACAGAGCUCUAUUCGUACCCGUUCAUUGAAGAGGGCUAAGGAACCCGCGGAGAUGUCUCCGGAAGAGCAAGCGAAGGCCAAUGCUAUUGAUAUGCGCUGCCUCAAGAUCUGCAUAGCGAUGCUCAGCCGGGUCAAUGGGAACAUGAACGAGAAUUCGACUCUCGAGGGUAUACUCGCCGACCUGAUCAUCCCUUCCAUCAAGAGGAAGGAGCUCGCGCUGCGCGAGCGAGGCCUCACAAGUCUGGGCUUGUGCUGCUUAAUUUCGAAGGAGUUAGCCAUGAAUUCCUUGCAGCUAUUCCUGAACCAGAUACAGAGUGCUCCAGAACAGUUGAAGACCAGCGUAUUGCAAGUCCUCUUCGAUAUCCUCAUGGUACAUGAAGAGGAAUUGCUCGGCUCGCAAGCUGUCUCGGAGCAGGUUGUUGCAUUCCUGCUUCAUGUCCUGGAAAUCGAGGAUUCCCCUGCGGUUCAGGCGGCGUUGUGUAUAGGCAUAGCCAAACUAAUGCUCGCUGGGCUCAUCGAUGACGAACGAGUGUUGACCAGCUUAGUGCUCAUAUUCGUGUCGCCGGCAACCGCAGACAACCACGAAGUGCGGCAAUGCCUUGCAUACUUCCUCCCUGCCUAUUGUUACUUGUCCCUAGAGAACCAGACUCGGAUGCAGAAGAUUGGGAUCAUGUCGUUGAACAUGGUCCAUAAGGUGAACGACGAGUUGUCGGAAGACGAAGAGAUGGUCACUCCGUAUCAAUUUGGCCUGCUUCUUGUCGAAUGGACAGAUCCUCGGCAUUUGGUAAAGGGGCAGUCUGGCACACGAGACACGCAUGUCGCACUUGCCAUAGACAUCCUCAAGACAUUCUAUAAGGCUGAAAGGAUAGAUGACAAUUGCAAGACCCUCUGUAAACUACUCGACAAGCUGUACAUACCGAGCGAAGCAAGCGAUCUCUCCCUAGCCACGCUCCAUAUCCUACUGGAUGAUUUGCAGAAGCGAGAACUCACCGAUGACCAAACACUAGAGAAUUUACUCGACGGUUUCAGAAGUCGCUUCGUCAAGCAAUUUGGCCGGCGCCUCAAGAACCUCGAUAUAAACUUAUACGCGGACGAGCCCCAAUUUCGAGAGCUUUACGCACUGACUGGAAUGCGUCUAGGCGGAAACGAAGAUCUUGCAUCCGAAAACUUCGACGUUCAGAUUGUUGGCCAAGCCACUGGACCCUCAGAAACGUCCAGCAUGAAGGGAACCCAAGCCAAUCUCAUGCUGCCCCAGGUCACUCGUCUGGAGUCGGGGUUGCACAGGUGA